GAGGCUAUAAAAUUGACCAUUUCUGAAAGCAAGGCCAAAGUUGAAGACAUUGAAAAUGGAGUACAUGAUGCCCAUGAUCAGUCAAGCAUCAACAAUUUAAAUAACUCUCUGUAUUCAGGUGUUAAUCAGCAAAUUGCAGAACUGACUGAACAACUGGAUGACCGUACCAGCGAGGUGCAGAAUCUCAGGGUGCUGGUGGAGAAACAGAGCAAUGAAUUGAAGGCAAAGGAUGUAUAUAUUGCAGAUCUGACAAGAAUGAUGGAAACAAUGGAAGAAACCAGAAGACAAUCCAUAGACAGACAGUACAAAGACACAGCAGUGAACACGGAGGAAAUUGAAACGAAGGUCAAAAAGGAAACUCUACACAAAAACACAUAUGCCAAUAUUUCAGUUGCGACUCAGUCGGUGGCAUGUGGUGUACUGCCAGCAGAUCUGGAUCAACCUCCAGAUGAAAGCAAAGAUGGCAUUGAACUGCAUGAACAUGCUGGUGAAACAUCAGAUCCAUUGACAAAGGUAGUGAUGGUCCAGCAGGUUGCCGGAUGUGAAAUGGAAACAGAGAAAGUUACAAAGACUAGUGCCAUGGAAGGUGAAACCGCGCAUGAGAUGGUGGACUCCCAAACCCAUUUGCUUCAAAUUUGUGAAAACAAAGCCGGUGGUUAUGAAGUUCUGAGUGACAAUAAACAUUGCUCGGCUGACAGUCGGCCUCCCACAGAUGCUUCUAUUGGACAGUAUGUAAAACGGAUACAGGAUCUUCUGCAGGAGCAAUGGACGUGUCUGGAACAUGGAUAUCCUGACCUGGCUAGUGCCAUAAAACAGCCCGCUUCCAAACUCAGUUCUAUCCAGAAUCAACUGGUCAAUUCUCUUAAUCUUUUAUCAUCUGUGUAUUCUGCUCAGCCAACACCAGCAAGAGACACCGAGAAGACCGAAAGCCACCCAGGGGAAACGUCCCCCAUAAACAGCCUGAAGUCCAUCAUGAAGAAGAAGACUAGCAGCGGACGCUCGAGUUCAAGUGGGGAAUCUCGAGCGAAGAAGAAUCUCCAGUUUGUUGGGGUCAAUGGUGGCUAUGAAACAACAUCGAGUGAGGAGUCCAGCUCCUCAGAGGAAUACGGAGAAGGUGAAGUUCAGAAGGCUGAAAUAUCAACACAAGAUGCUGAAAAUAAUGAGUUAGACAAUCUAGUUAUUGCGGAAACGGGAGACGCAAAGGAAGAAUUACAGGAUUCCUCAGAGCCAGCAGGAUUAGAGACCCAACAGCAGAGAAGGUAUUCGGUGGGUGAUGCCUUCCGCAACGAAUGUCAGAUCCUGAACAGUCAUCUCUCAGAACUGAGGACCACCACAGAUAACAGACUGAGGCAAACGCUGUACACCGUGUGCCAAGAAUGGUUCCGGGUCUCCAGCCAGAAGUCGUCCUCCCCGGAUCCGGUAUCUGUUUAUCUGGACGAGUUCAGAUCGAUCAGCCCCCAGCUGCUGCAGAUGGUGGUCAACAUCGCCGACGAGAACGGCAACACCGCUAUGCAUUACAGCGUAUCGCAUUCCAACUUCGGCAUCGUCCGGCUCCUACUGGACACAGGAGUGUGUGAUGUUGACCAUCAGAAUAAAGCGGGGUACACGCCUGUGAUGCUUACCCCUUUGGCAUCAGCAGAAACGGAGGAAGAUAUGCAAGUUGUGAAAGCUCUUCUCAGUCUUGGCAAUGUCAAUCUGACCGCCAGCCAGGGUGGGCAGACAGCGCUGAUGCUUGGUAUUAGCCAUGGUAGGUCCGACAUGGUGAAGGUUCUGCUGGAGUGCGGGGCAGAUGUGAACAUGCAGGAUGAGGAUGGAGAAUCUGCUCUGAUGAUCGCCUGUCACUUGGGAAAUGUGGAAAUUGUCAAGCUUAUUUUGUCUCAACCCGACUGCAAUGUGGAAUUAAUGGACAAGGCUGGCAAUUCUGCAUUGUCCAUUGUUGCUGAAUCCGCCCCCAGUGAGAUUGCAGAACUUCUACAAGCCCACACAGAGCACCGGCGUUCCUGCCCCGCCGCUGACACGGGAAAAGGAGGCCCAUUGUAA